AUGAUGUUAGUACUGUGCUUGUUGCUUCUGUCGCCUUCGUUAUCAACCCAAGAAAACACCACAGUGUUAAAUGUAUCGAACGAAACAAUUUCCGAAGAAAGCACCAAUUCGAGUCCAGUUUUCCGAAAUGAAUCCAUCGAUUCAUCGACCGUUGUAAAUCAAUCGAAACCUCUGCUAUUCAACGACUUCAAACCGAGCCCUCAGCUCAACAGCGCCUUCCAGCUAUUCGAAGAAACCGGUAAAUCCCGGACGUCUUUCAUCGCAGACAACUGGCACUCGAACGAAUGGGGAGACCACUCCAAAACGCCUUCGAAAGUUAAAUUUCCAUCCACCUCAUCGGCGGAAAGGCCCUACAAAUUCGACACAGGCGUUCCAAUGAUCACCCAAAUCACCAACUCCAUCGACUAUCCCUUCAACCAAACGCCCUCGCCCCAGGGCCGGCCCCAGGACAGCCUGUGGAAGAAGAUCUUCGGAUUCGCCGGCCCCAACAGCAAACAGAAGACUUUCUACGACAACGACGAGGAGGAGCCGCCUCCCUAUCACAACUACUAUCAGCAGGAGUACCACCACCACCAACCCAUGCAGUAUUACAGGAACAAGAUCAGUCCUAUUAAGAAGAUAUUCAAAAUUUUAGCUACUAUCAUUCCGAUUGGGUUUCUGUUGAGCGCUCUGACACCGACUUUGGUUACAAUCACUCCCGUGAAUACCACUACCACUCGCAUCAACAGAAAAGAGGAAAUAGUAGUGAGUAGUUUAGAGAAAUUGAAACGAGAUGGAUGCGAAGAAAAAGUAUUCUGCGAGUUGAUUUUAAACGCCAUGCUAUCCAAAAACGCCGAGGAACAUGUGAAGAAUCUACUGAACAACUUCGUACACAGGAAAGGACAUGAAAAUCGAGACACUACAAUAAAAAUCCUGGAAGCGGUAAAAAACAAAGAUUGCUCUCCGUUGAUCUGCCACAUGCUCGAAGAUCCCAUUUGA